GCUCCUGCCUGUUUCUGUCCACUCCCAGAGUCUCGACUGAAGUCCCGCCCCAGCAGGCGCCUGCCAAAGGCCGAUGGCAUCUCUAUUCCCGCGUCGCCUGCCGCGUGGUUGGCUCCAGGCGUCACCCCCCUGGCAGUUGCCAACGGGCAAAACAUAGAGCAGACGGCACAAGCCUUGGUCGACCAAGGUCUCAUCUCCAACCCCCCCUGCGCCGACAACUUGUUGCACAGCAUCAGCGAAAAGGUCCACGAGCCUCCUUGCAUGAACGUCGAUGGCCGACGCGGGAAGCCCUCGUCGCACCGAGCGGCAGGCCUCGGGCGCCAAGGCGUCAUCUGCAGUGCAGCCUCAACAAGGACGAACCGAGUCGCCAGAGCCGCCUUUGCCCGGGGAAGAAGAAAAAAGGCUCCAGGAGGAUGAAUCUUCACCAGAGCUAGGCGUUAACGGGGCUGGGGUUGCCAAUGUAUCGGCCCAGGGGCUUCUACAUGGUGACACCACUAUCUUACCCGGGGGCUCCGACGAGGAGGAGGACGACGACGGAGAGUUCUCUGCUAGCAGCGUCAACUUUGACACAGACCGCGACUCGCUAACGUCCGAGGAGCAUGAUGGGUAUGCCGAGUCCAUGUCGCUACUCCCCAGGCUGUACGAGCACAGCUAUGCGCAUGGCAGGCGAUAUCACCGUUAUCGACACGGACGGUAUCCCAUCCCGAACGAUGAGGAUGAGCAGAGUCGCGAGGAAAUGAUGCAUGCGAUGAUGCUGGAAGCCACGGAUGGGCGACUGUUCUAUGCGCCCUUGGACGAACGCAACGUGAAGAAGGUGCUCGACCUAGGCACUGGGACUGGCAUGUGGGCGAUUGAGAUUGCGGAAAUGUUUCCUCAUGCCACGGUAACAGGGACGGAUCUCAGUCCCAUACAACCUUGCUGGGUGCCACCCAAUGUCAAGUUCUACGUCGACGACGUCGAAGCAGAGUGGAUGAACGGUGACGACUUUGAUUUCGUCCAUCUGCGAAAUAUGAUUCCGGUCCUCAAGGCUCCUGUCGACGUCCUUCGUCAAGCAUACCAGCACAUGUCGCCCGGCGGAUGGAUCGAACUGCAAGACGUCGACGGCCAAGUCCACACCGACGACGAUACCGUCCCUGAGGACUGGCCCCUGUCCCGGUUUACGCAACACAUGGUCGAGGCCUUUGCUCAAUUCGGUACCAACGCGCACGCCGCCGUCUUGGGGGGCGAUCAGCUGCACGAAGCAGGGUUUGUGAAUAUCCGGCAUAAUUAUAUCAAGCUGCCAUAUGGUACCUGGCCAAAAGACAGGGUCAUGCGCCUGGUAGGAAUGUACUUCCGCACCGCUUGCGAGCAGUUCUUCCCGGCCGUGGGCGCUAUUCACUUCCCCUUGUUAGGCUGGGGGAAGGCGGAGAUGGAGGUGUUGUUCGCCGAGUGUCGACAAGCGAUGCGCGAUCCCAAUGUCCAUGCUUACGGCAAGAUGCAUUUCUGGAGUGGUCAGAAGCCGACAUGAUACCCUGUUAUACAAGUUACGAUUGAUGAUGACAUGCUUAAUGUGUGGUUGU